AUGAAGACCAGUGGCUUACAACCUUACCAAGGCGAACCGAUUGCUGAUCCAGCUUGGAUAGCUCAAUACAACGAAGAGAGACGUGCCGAAAAAGAGAGAAGACAGCUGCUUAUGUCUCGCUUGAACGAAACCGUCCCCGUAUCAAAUUGGUAGGUGAAAUGUAUACACUAUAUGUGAGCUCAGAGACAGAGCUCGUGUUUACAUUCUGUGUAGACGCUACGGCGUAUACGCAGGCUAGUGUUAUUAAAUUUGCCCAUUUAAUACGGAAGUAAUUAGUAUUCAAGCGAAUGUAUGUAUGACGUCAUAUAGUCAAUGACCUCACCGGAAAUACUCGCAUAAAUUAUCAAGUAUGAACGUUCAGCUAUUCCCGCAUAAAUUAUGAAGUAUGAACGUUCAGCUAUUCCCGCGUAAAUUAUAAAGUAUGAACCUAUGAACGUUCAAUUGUAUGUAUCCGGUUUGUAAGCAUUACGUAAUUGUAUUGCACAUGUCUAUAAAAGAGACUGCGCAUUUAUUCACUGAUAUCAUUGCAUACUAAGCCUUUGAAAAUGAAUUUUUCACAAAAUUUUGAGCAAUCGAAUUGGGCCAACAGCGUUCAUGCAAACGAAGUUUCGUCCUCGGAUUAUAAAAGGCUUUUUAGUUUGUUAGAAGCUAUAUAUGCAGAGGCUGUUGCUUACGAAGUUGGUAAACUUGCUGAAGAGAGAUGUUGUGGUUGUGAGUACGACCAUCCGAGUCAACGCCAGCAUGACUGUCUCAUGUUAUCAGAACAAGAGAGAUGGCAAUCGUAUGGUUUGGAAGCCAUAGAGCGAGUGAUUGUUAAGCGUAUGGUUUGGAGGGAGUUUGUUGAGGCUAUUAGAGUGAUGAAGUUACAGUAUCAUAAAGAUGUUCGAGAGCACUUUGACAAUUUAGAGAAAAGUCCUGAUUCAACGUUUGUUUACUCGCUGAUGGAUCUUCGUGAAAACAUCGAGGAUAGUGAAUUUGAGUCAAUUUUGAAUUAUCUUUCAUACUGGAGAGAGGACAAACUUUUAGACGAAAUUUCUAGCUGGAAAGAGGAUUGUCGUGAUGACCCGCUUGAACCUGGGCUACGGUCUUUUUUUUCAAUGCCCCCUAGUUUUAAGUAUACUGUGAAAGCGACAGGCGAGCAAUUUAGAAGUCAUGAAGAGGAUCAUUAUAUAAAAAUAUUUCCCAGGAAAUAUGGAUUUUUAUGUCACGCCUGGAUUAACACGAUUAGAUGACAUAAUAGCUUUAUCUUAAUCUAUGGCGCGCCGGUUGAAGAGGCAGGAAAUUUCAGUGCCUAAAACUACGUAACAGUGCCAAGAUCAAGGCCGGAUUCUUGGUAUAUAACGAAGAUAUAGCACAAGUAAUUUCAUAAGUCCACACGACUUGUAUCAGAGCGAAACACUUGAACUUAUUCUUCGACUUCUUCCUGCGUACUUUGUCAGGUUAGUAUAUCUUUCAUUUAAAGUGACGAUACGAGUCCAUUUUUAUUUGUUAUGGCUUUGUCUCGCCCCAAAGUUCUUGUUUUUGGUCAUUCUUUUGUCAGGCGCCUGCAUCGGGAUUUGAAGACUCAAUUUGAUAUGCGGGCUGCCUUAAAUUUUAAUUUACCCGAUGUCUCCAUUAAACUACAUGGUAUUGGGGGACGGACGGUGGACAAGCUCGUGAAAUGCGAUUUCGGAUACGUUCAGAAGUUCCAACCCAACAUAGUGAUUUUAGAGGUUGGGACCAAUGAUUUGCCUUUAAUAAAACCCGAAACUGUGGGUUCCAAAAUAGACGACUUGGUUCAUUUAUUGCUUGGGGUAACUUCUAUCCGAGUUAUAGGGGUUUGCUUGGUAUCUGAUCGAGCCUCCUCCCCUGAGUUUAACGCAAAAGUUAGGAUUCUAAAUCAAUACCUAACAGUAAUAUUUAAUGGCAUGCAUAACGUUUUUUGUUGGAGACAUAAGGGCUUCACUCGCUCAUUUAUCUCACCGUUUUUACCCGAUGGCGUACAUUUUACGCGCAGAGCUCAAUAUAGUUUGUACCGUAGCUACCGGGGUGCAAUACUCAAGGCCAUACAGCUACUUUAAACCAGAGGGGUUUAUUUCCUCUAUAUGUUAAAUAAUUGGAGGCUUCGCCCUCGAAUUUAAUCUUGUACAUUUAUAAAGAAUGGAGGCUUCGCCCUUCAUGUCAUUAUGUUAUUACCAAUCACACUUCGCUGUGAUUUUAUCUGAGGCUUCGCUCUCAGUCCAUAUGUUGUCACCAAUCGCACUUCGCUGCGAUUUUAGUUGAGGCUUCGCCCUCACUGUAUCUAUAUGUGUUAUUAUUUAUGACCAAUUUGUCAUAUGUCUUUUGUUUUAAGUACAAAUUUUGGGCUCAGUGGUGCGGUCACCUUCGUGUGGCCAGGCUUGACCCAACCAAUUUCAUUUUACGAUUUAUUGAUUCUCAUGCGCAAACCUAUGCGACUAAAUCUUUAGCAUGGCUGUGUUCUAAUAGUUUUUAAAGUCAUUUCUUUCAGCUCAUCAUGCCGUCCAACCACAAUACACGUUCAAAACGCACAGCCACAACUUCUGUGCCCAAUCAACCGCCUUCUCGGCGCCCUCGUAGGAGUCGUUCGUCAGCGUCAGUUGUCGUUGACAACCACACUGCCCGCAGUGGCUCCAGUCAAUUUUGCUACAACAUCAACGGGACCAAGUUCAGCCAUUUCGCCUGCGCUACUCGAGCAAAUUGUGUCGACCGUAACAGCAGAAGUAACUCGCCGCCUAACACCACUCUCGCAACCAGAGCUAUCCGGUGAGGUUAUUGAAGCUCCAGUGGUCACUACUACCUCAACUUCAACGGUUCCACGACUGCCUGGUUCUGCUGUCGUCGAGCAAGCGUUACAUUCUGCCCAUUCAGCCAUUACAG